CAGUCUAUUAUUGACUCACAGUCUGUUACCGUCGCAGCUUUCAGAAGAGUUCUGAGGAUUUUUUCAAGUGCGUUCAGUGAUUUUCAGUAAAAUCUUGUCUGCAUAAUCAUCAUGGAGAUUCAAAGUCCAGCGAUCCCUCCGUCAGUGCCUGAGGACGCUGAAUUGGGGCCGGUGAACUUCAACGGACUUCAGCAUGAACACAUCGCCGGAGAAUCUGAGAUGCCUGUGUUGAAAUCCCAGAGAAGACGCAGUGAUGUGAAAGUCUACAAAGAGUUCUGUGACUUCUAUGUGCGCUUUAACAUGGCAAAUGCUUUAGCAAAUGCAAUAUGUGAGCGAUGUAAGAGCAGCUUCACACCCACAGAGAAGAUCGUCAACAGUGACGGCGAGUUGUAUCACGAGCAGUGCUUCGUCUGUGCACAGUGUUUUCAACAGUUUCUAGAGGGGCUCUUUUAUGAGUUUGAGGGCAGGAAAUACUGUGAGCAUGAUUUCCAGAUGCUGUUUGCUCCGUGCUGUCAUCAGUGUGGAGAGUUCAUCAUAGGUCGUGUAAUAAAGGCCAUGAACAGCAGCUGGCACCCGCACUGUUUCUGCUGUGAUAUCUGUCAGACUGUGCUCGCUGAGGUGGGCUUUGUCAAAAAUGCGGGCAGACACUUGUGUCGUCCGUGUCAUAAUCGUGAGAAGGCUCAUGGUUUGGGCAAAUACAUCUGUCAGAAGUGUCAUGCCAUCAUUGAAGAUCAUCCUCUUAUAUUCAAGAAUGAUCCGUAUCACCCCGACCACUUCAGCUGCAACAACUGCGGUAAAGAGCUGACGGCUGAUGCAAGGGAACUGAAAGGUGAGCUGUAUUGUUUGCCGUGUCAUGAUAAGUUGGGCGUGCCAAUCUGCGGCGCCUGCAGGAGACCUAUAGAGGGGCGAGUGGUAAAUGCCAUGGGAAAACAGUGGCACGUUGAGCAUUUUGUGUGUGCUAAAUGUGAGAAACCAUUUCUUGGUCACCAGCAUUAUGAGCGCAGGGGCCUGGCGUACUGUGAGACGCAUUACAACCAGCUCUUUGGCGAAUGCUGUUACCACUGUAACCGUGUCAUAGAGGGAGACGUUGUGUCUGCGUUGAAUAAGGCCUGGUGCGUCAACUGCUUCAUCUGUUCCACAUGCAACUCCAAGCUGACUCUCAAGGAUAAGUUUGUGGAGAUGGAUCUUAAGCCGGUGUGUAAGCGCUGCUAUGAGCGAGUGCCAGAGGAGCUCAAGAGACGUUUAGCCAGGCGUGAACGUGACACGAAAGACAAGAGAAAGAAAAUGCCCAUCUGUCUGUAACCAGUCUCAUCUCUAGUUGUGUUCUCUCAUAGGUGUUUUUAGGAGACAAGAAAACAGUGUGCAGGACGUGCGUUGAUGAAAAGACCUAAGAAAUUGAUCAUUACAGUCAAGACUGAUUUCAAGCAGCUUUCUGAAACAGAGGCGACAGUUUGUAAAAUGUACACUCAAUUACUUAAUACAACAAGAUAAGGCCAUAAGAUUUGAGUUUAUGGAACAUUUAUCUUGCCAAGAAUUUGUUGUAGGCUACUUUUUAUCAUUUGUACCUUACAAGCUGUAUCACAAUUACAAAACAUAUGUUUUAAUGUGGUUUUCUAUGUUUCAAUAAAGACCACUUUUAAUUUACUUUUGUUAUACUCUAAAAAGAUGUGUAUCCAUGCAUAAAGAUAGCCCAAUGUAUUUCUAUGUAUUAUAUCCGUUGUAAAGUAAGGUGUGUCAUUUUGUGUUCUUGCAUGAGUUGUGAAGGAUUAUAUUUGAUGUGUCAUAGUUAUUAUUAUGAAUAUUUUUGCUGUUGCAAAAUGACAGUGAUAUUGGCUCACAUUUUGAUUGUUUUGCCCACAAAUAAGAGACUAAUUGCAUUAUUUUUUGUCAUUAACAUUUUAUUGAUUCCAUACAUAAAAAAAAUAAUAAUAAAAAAAUAGGACAAA